AUGACCGAAGCAGAUUUUCGUAACAUGACUCACGCACGUGCUGCUGUGGUGGGUGCGCAGGCUUGCAAGAAUCUGGCGAGGGCAGUAGCUACUUUGGCCCAAGUGCGCAAGGUCAAGAGACAAGUUGUGGCACAGGCGACCAAGACAAGCAAACAGUUGAAACUUGCGCAGGAUUCGCAGUCGCAGCAAUCACCGCUUGAGCUGGUAGUGUCUAAAUCGGGCAAGCGAUUGACAUCUGAGUCAAUCCUUGCACUUGGUAUACGCCGCAAUCUGACUCAUAUUGCAGCAGCAGAUGUCGGGGCGAUGCUUUUGAGGGACAUGAGUGAAUCCACAGUUCUGCGAGCGGAAGUGAGAACAGGCGCAUCAGUCAAUGCUUGCAUGAAAGAGUUUGCGAACAAUGCUUUAGCUGAGCUGAGAGCACCAGCUGCAGACGGUGACGGUGGCCAUGACCAUGCAGAUCGGGAUGAUGCGCAUGUAUCUGACGUUGACCUUGCUGACAUAUCUUAUGGCGGCAAAUGGAAUCUUGUUUUCAUCAGCGUGCGAGCUGACGCAACAAACAGCAAUAUCUGGAGACGUGAGAAGCUUCACGUUUGUGAAGCUCAGAUGGGCUUAGUUUGCAAACCUGUGAAAUCAUAUCCUCUUCAUGCUGAAGACUUUCUCCACACCAAGCGCUGCCUGCGUCAGCCUCAGCACCGGUCAGACCUCCAGGUUGUGUCUGGAAGUACAGCCGAGCAUUGCGCUGGGAUCAUGCAAAAGCAGUUGAACUCGAUUGGCGUGCCAUCGGUUGCUGAUCUUCUAGCGGAUAUGGACACGGAGAACUCAUGCCUCAAAGGCAGGUCCGUGAUUGCCUACUUGGACACCACUGACAGAGGAACUGACCAGACGGCACGCAAGAAGCGGACUGCGUGCAGCGUGGGGUCAGUCGACAACCUGGUGUACAUUGCGUCCGAUUGUUACCUACACGUUUUCCACUCGGCGGUCCGCAGCGGCUUGGUGUUGACAGACUCACUCAUUAGUGAAUGUUUCAGCAAGGAGGUGCUGGGUGGCUUCGACAAGUACUACGCGAGCCUAGCCAAGCUUGUGAAUGUCUGGAGGGAAAAAGCAAGUCAGGUGAUGAAAGCGUGGGAUGAUCAUCACGGCUCCAAAGACGCUGAUACACGAGCUCUUGGAUCACGGUAUCCGCUGAGUGUAUCCAGCGGGCGUUGGGGAUCGGUGGAAAAUGCUGAGGAAUUUUUGAUCGAGAGAGGGCGUCCAUUGCUUGAACCUUGCAUUCUUCAAGCGCUAUCCAGCGCCAUGAAAGCUGAUGUUGGUGCACUCGCUGCUGAUGCUCCUGCCGAUGCCAGUGACCGUGACGGUCCGUCACGGUGUAGGUUUUGUUUUCUUUGGGUCUGUUCAAUGGAGCGAGAAGUUGUCUUAGAAACAAUGCAGAGUGUGAACAGUGAUGUGAUGAUGACUCUAGUAUAUCAAGGUGGCCAAGGUGGCGAGGAUGCGGCAGACCAUGCCAUCGUGUUGGACGAUGUGAAAGAGCAUGAAACGGAUGCCUACAGGCUGAAGCUUUCCAAAUGGAGCCAGAGCGCAAUGAACACUAUAACUUCUCCGAUUUUCUGGUGCUUGCUCUAUUUGUGUCGUGCGCUGCGGAGUCCUUUGCGGCAUUUCAUGUUGUUCGUCCAGAAGGGCGCAAAGCUUGGCGAUUGCAUGUUCCGGCUUGUCACCAUGAAGCUAGACGAGUUCACUGCAGAGUUCAGUGCAUUGUUUCAGAAGCUACCAGAAAUUGUUGACAAGGCGCUGCAGUUAUCAGGCUGUUUCCACGAAACAAAGGGACUUUCACACGCAGACAUUGUCCGCAUGAGGUAUCUUGCGUUGAGAUUGUUGCUGUUGCACUGGGCAGCGUUUCGUCGUCGCAUCAUCAGACCUUUGCGGCAAUACCCCAUGAAGCUUUUCUGGUUGAUCAAGAGCCAUCCCAAAAGGUUUUGCAAACGCAGGCAGCAGGUGGCUGAGGAGUUGAUUGGGCUCGAUGCACAUCAGCUUGAUUCAGCUACACGCAAGAUCCGAGAGCUUUGUUGUCGUGAGUUGCAGCAUUUGCGGAUCACUGGCGUGUUUCCCGACGUGAGUUCGCCAUCUGGAAGCUUUCUGUACGCAUUCUUGAAGGGUCUUGCACGCAUGCUACCUGCUGACACACAAGCAAUCGAGGGCAUAAACAGCUUGAUCAAGUUGAUGGGUCGGCGUGCGCCGAACAUCAGUCUGGAAUUGAUGUCGUCUAGGCUUGCCAUCCGGCGUGCUUUGAGUGAAGAUCACAGUAUGGCAAGGAAGAAAAAAUGGUCGGCUAUCAAGAACACGGCGGAAGGGCUAAUGAAAUCAAUUGUUGGCUUCAAGACGGCGUCGCUCGCCAUCCUAUCGAAUGAUGGCAGAUGGUCUAUGCCUCUGCCUGCAAACUGCGGUAGUGGCGUGUUACCGGCAGUGCUUGCAAUCACGGACCGCGAAGCAGUGCUUUCUGUGAGGGGGCCAGAAGAUCAAACAGGGUCAUCAGCAGCUUCAUCAGCAGAAGCUGGACGGGGCCAGCCGGGAAACUCAUUGCUUGUAGCAGACCUUGCCAAAGCAAAAUCAAGCAGUGGCAUCUCAUGGGCGAAGUCAUACAACCUGGCGUGGCGUCGAGCAACUACAUCAUCCACAAAGAAGAACAAACAACAGGAUGCUGGUCACAGAGUGGGUUCAGGUUUGCUGAUUGCAGUCGUCGAGACCGACGGCGAGGGCAACGAUGGGCUAGUGCAGCAGCAGCAGCCACCAUUGUUCUUCGCAGUGGCAGAGAAGUUUUCGGUAAGCGUGAUGUUCUCGAAGAUUCACUGUGUGCAGAUCAAUGGUCAUCCGUGUCUUCAGUGGGUUUAUGAAGAGAACAAUUGCGUUGAAUCCACUUUGUUCUUCUUGAGUUUCUACGGUGCCUGCUCUGGUCGAGGCUUGCGCUUGCGAGUGGGUUACGUAGUGUUGUCGCCAGACAUGUCUCACCUCCUGCUGCCUGGCUGGAGAACAGAUGCAGAGGGCGAGGGUGAGAUAAGAGUGGCUUCGGUCCUACAAUUGGUGAACCAUGUGUUUGUCAUGACUGCUGAGUCUCACCCGUCUGCGGCCAAGUCGGGGAAACCACAAUCUGGAAGGAAGGCCAGAGCAAAGGCAGAGGCAGCAAAGCGCAAACCACAAGCAAAGCAAGCAGGUCGCAAGAGGAAGGAUGCGCCUGAAGCGGAUGCAAACGAAGCCGACGUGGAUCCACCGAAUGUUGCGGAUUACAUUGAUGAUAAUGAUAACUUCCUCGACGAUGUCGAGGUAGCCACUGAUGCUGAGGACUCGGAUGAUGACAACACAGCACAACACGAGAUGCAGGAAAUCAAUGAAGCCAGCGCGGCUGCUGCCACGGAUCCAGCUCGCCUGCCAUCGUCGAAGAAUGUGUUUGCAGUGGCUGAGGAUAUACAUCGCAAUGCCGAGCUGAUUCCAGACGCGGCUGUCGAAGAAGAAGCGUUGUUGCUUCUGGUUCGUAGGGCUCGCUCUCAGAAAGCCAAAAACAUGGGCGUUGGUUGCAGAUCUACAGGAUCUACAGGACACGUACUUCCGGGCGAAGACAGCACUCAGCCUCAGCCUCACAUGGGCUCACAGCUUCCAGAAGAGUCCGGUGAAGUCAUGGGUGAAGCAAGCUUGGCGAGUCAGCGUGAGCCAGUCGACACAGAAGGUGUUUUGGGGGAUGCACUCAGCGGUGCUGAUGCCUCUGCGUCGGAUAAUGAGUCUGACAUUGAGGCAGAGCUCCCACAUGACAUCGCUGCUUUGCUCAGAUCGAAGGCAAUGGUAGAUCUUCAGCGUGACGGGCAUGUCCUGAAACGAUGGGUGAUGGCAUGUCAUCUGAUGCUUGAGGCAAUGCAUGAGUAUGCGAAGACCAAGGACGUGCUGUUGGGGACAGAUCGCAGCAUCAGUUUGGUGCAUGGCUUGAUUGGUCGACAAGGACGUGAAGUGAGAUUAGAUGACAACGGUAAAGUUUUGUUCUCUGUGGCAGACUGCACGAUGUAUCGCACUGGCAUAAGCAACGGCAUCGGCUAUCCGGAGCUUUGUUUGGACGAUCGCCAUGCUCAUGUUCUGCUACCGUCUGUUCGAGCAGCAAUGCGUAAAGUCAAGCGAACCGACCCCGAUCGAGAUGCAGUGUCACCGCACUUCCUGCGGCUCCGAGACUUUUGCGAGUACAUGCUGACUUCAGUUUCACAAAGCACGAAUCCAACCACGGACGAUGAGAUCCCAGACGAGGACCGGUGA